AUGGCGAGACCAAGGCUUAAAAACUUCAGCAAGUUGGAGCUUAUCCUCAUUGUCCUGCUGCUUGUCCUUUUCAUCAUCGCUGUGGUUCUAAUUGUGCUCUUAGCCAACUCUACACAACAAAAUGCCCUAGAUCCUGACACAACUGGCACUCCAAUCACCACAGUCCUAAGAACCACUCCUAAUUCUCCCAGUUGCCCAGUUCUAAGUGAGCAGGAACGGAUCAAUUGCAUCCCUGACACGUCACCUGACAAGAACACGUGUGAUCAGCGUGGCUGCUGCUGGGCUCCCCAGGGAGCCAUAAAUGUUCCUUGCUACUAUUCUAAGGAUCAUGGCUACCAAAUGGAGAGCGAUCCUGUGUUUUCAAAUGCAGGAUUCACAGCUCAGUUGAAAAACUUGCCCUCUGCACCCCCGUUUGGAAGUGAAAUUGAAAACAUCCUGCUCACAGCGGAGUACCAGACAUCGAAUCGCUUCCACUUCAAGCUGACUGACCAAACCAAGGGCAGGUAUGAAGUGCCUCACGAGCAUGUGCAACCCUUCAGUGGGAACGCUGCUUCUUCCUUGAACUACCAAGUUGAGGUCUUCAAACAGCCAUUUAGCAUCAGAGUCACCAGAAAAAGCAACAACCGUGUUCUGUUUGACUCAAGCAUCGGGCCUCUCAUCUUCUCUGACCAGUUCCUGCAACUCUCAACCCGCCUCCCAAGUGCUAACGUAUAUGGCCUGGGUGAACAUGUGCACCAGCGGUACAGGCAUGACAUGAAUUGGAAGACCUGGUCCUUGUUUUCCAGGGACACAGUCCCUAAUAAGGAUGGGCAUAACUUGUAUGGUGUUCAGACAUUCUUCCUGUGCCUUGAAGAUAACAGUGGAUUAUCCUUUGGGGUGUUUCUGAUGAACAGCAAUGCCAUGGAGGUUGUACUUCAGCCCACCCCAGCAAUCACAUACCGCACCAUUGGGGGAAUCCUGGACUUCUACGUGUUCUUGGGGAACACACCCGAGCAAGUUGUUCAAGAGUAUCUAGAGCUCAUUGGGCGGCCGGCUCUGCCUUCAUACUGGGCCCUUGGGUUUCAGCUCAGCCGGUAUGAUUAUGGAAGCCUAGAUAAUAUGAGAGAAGUUGUGGAAAGAAACCGGGCAGCCCAGCUCCCUUAUGAUGUUCAGCAUGCUGAUAUUGAUUAUAUGGACCAGAGGAAGGAUUUCACUUAUGACUCAGUGAAGUUUAAAGACUUCCCGGAGUUUGCUAAGGAGUUACACAACAAUGGGCAGAAACUUAUUAUCAUUUUGGAUCCGGCCAUUUCCAACAACUCUCUCCCAAGUGAUCCCUAUGACCCAUAUAUUAGAGGUUCGUCAAUGAAUAUCUGGGUGAAUAGCUCUGAUGGCAUGAACCCACUCGUUGGAGAGGUCUGGCCUGGAACAACUGUGUUUCCUGAUUACACCAAUCCCAACUGUGCUAUUUGGUGGGCAGAUGAAAUCGAGCGUUUCCACAAUACAGUGGAGUUUGAUGGAAUUUGGAUUGAUAUGAACGAAGUCUCCAAUUUUGUUGAUGGCUCCGUUUCAGGAUGCCCCACAAACGACCUCAAUUAUCCCCCAUUCACACCAAAGAUCCUGGAUGGGCACUUGUUCUCUAAGACUCUCUGCAUGGAUGCAGUUCAGCACUGGGGCAAGCAGUAUGAUGUCCACAAUCUGUAUGGCUACUCCAUGGCCAUUGCCACAGCAGAAGCUGUGAAGACUACAUUCCCAGGCAACCGGAGUUUCAUCCUCACACGCUCCACCUUUGCGGGGUCUGGCAAGUUUGCAGCCCACUGGUUAGGAGACAACACCGCCACCUGGGAGGACCUUCAGUGGUCUAUUCCAGGCAUGCUUGAGUUCAACCUUUUUGGCAUCCCAAUGGUCGGGGCCGAUAUCUGCGGCUUUGCCUCGAACACAUCUGAGGAGCUCUGCAGGCGGUGGAUGCAGCUGGGGGCGUUUUAUCCAUUUUCCCGGAAUCACAACGGCCAAGGCUACAAGGACCAGGAUCCUGCCUCUUUCGGAGCAGAUUCCUUGCUGUUGAAUUCGUCUAGGCACUACCUCAACAUCCGAUACACUCUGCUGCCUUACCUCUACACCCUUUUAUACCGUGCCCACAGCCGGGGGGACACUGUGGCUAGGCCCCUUCUGCACGAGUUCUAUGAGGACAGCAAUACUUGGGCCAUAGACCGGCAGUUUCUGUGGGGACCAGGCCUCCUCAUCACUCCUGUUCUGGAAGAGGGUGCAAAUAAAGUGAAUGCAUACGUGCCUGAUGCCAUCUGGUAUGACUAUGAGACCGGGGGGCAACUGACAUGGAGAAAGCAAAGCAUCGACAUAGAAUUUCCCGAUGAUAAAAUUGGACUUCACCUUCGAGGAGGCUACAUCUUCCCCACGCAACAGCCAGACACAACCACAACAGCCAGCCGGAAGAACCCUCUUGGUCUGAUCAUUGCCCUGGAUGAGAACAAAGAAGCCAGAGGAGAACUGUUCUGGGAUGAUGGAGAGACAAAGGACACUGUGGCCAUGAACAGCUACCUUUUCAUUGAAUUUACUGUCACCAAAAACCAAUUGAAUGUGACAAUUUCAAGUCCAAACUACACGGAUCCCAAUAACUUAGAAUUCCAGGAAAUUAAAAUCCUUGGGACACAGGCAAUUUACAAUGUUAAAGUGACACAGAAUGGUGUUCUUAGUCAGAUGUCUCCUCGAAUCACUUACAAUUCAACCAUGAAGGUUGCCACCAUCACAGAUAUCCAUCUCGUGCUGGGAGAAGCAUACACAGUCCAGUGGAGCAACAUGACGGACCAGGAGAAGAUAGACUGCUAUCCAGACGAGCAUGGAGCUUCCGAGGCCAACUGCACAGCCCGUGGCUGCAUCUGGGAGGAAUCGGACACUCCUGGGGUCCCUUAUUGCUACUUUGCCAAUAGCCUGUACUCAGUCAGCAAUGUUCAGUAUCACGAGAACGAGGCCACAGCCGACAUCUCCUUGAAGGAUUCUCCAUAUACUGAGCUGUACUCUGUCAGGAAUGUUCUGUAUCGCUCCAAUGAGGCCACAGCCAACGUCUCCUUGAAGGAUUCUCCGUAUAGCAGCGCCUUCCCCUCUACGCCCGUGAGUCAGCUGCAGGUUCGAGUGAUCUACCACAAGAAUGAGAUGCUGCAGUUUAAGAUCUAUGAUCCCAACAACAGUCGGUAUGAAGUCCCAGUGCCUCUGGACAUCCCCAGUUCUCCAUCCAGCACCCCUGAUGGCCGUCUCUAUGAGGUCCUCAUCAAGGAGAAUCCAUUUGGGAUUGAAAUUCGCAGGAAGAGUACAGGCACUGUGAUCUGGGACUCUCAGCUCCUUGGCUUCACCUUCAAUGACAUGUUCAUCCGCAUCUCCACCCGCCUGCCCUCCUCAUACAUCUACGGCUUCGGGGAAACUGAGCACACGAGCUACAGGAGAGACUUGAACUGGCACACGUGGGGCAUGUUCUCCAGGGACGAGCCCCCGGGGUACAAGAAGAAUUCCUACGGUGUCCACCCUUACUACAUGGGGCUAGAGGAGGAUGGCAAUGCCCAUGGAGUCCUCCUGCUGAACAGCAACGCCAUGGAUGUGACAUUCCAACCCCUGCCUGCACUAACAUACAGAACCACAGGGGGCAUUCUAGACUUCUAUGUGUUCUUGGGCCCAACUCCAGAGCUUGUCACUCAGCAAUACACAGAGUUGAUUGGUCGGCCAGUGAUGGUACCUUACUGGUCCCUGGGAUUCCAACUGUGUCGCUAUGGAUACGAGAAUGAUACUGAGAUCGCCAGCUUGUAUAAUGACAUGGUGGCUAAGCAGAUCCCCUAUGAUGUGCAGUACUCAGACAUCGACUACAUGGAGAGGCAGCUGGACUUCACCCUCAGCCCCAAGUUCUCUGGGCUUCCAGAACUGAUCGAUCGCAUGAAGAGCAAUGGGAUGCGUGUCAUCCUCAUCCUGGACCCAGCUAUUUCUGGCAAUGAGACAGAGCCAUAUCCUGCCUUUGACCUGGGUCUGAAGGAUAAUGUUUUCAUCACAUAUCCCAAUAGUCGUGACAUUGUCUGGGGAAAGGUCUGGCCUGAUUACCCUGGUAUUGACGUGAACAGCUCUCUAGACUGGGACAGUCAAGUGAAGGAAUACCGAGCUUAUGUGGCCUUCCCAGACUUUUUCCGUGAUUCAACUGUUGCGUGGUGGAAGAAGGAGAUUCAAGAACUCCACACAAACACACGGGAUACAACAAAGAGCUUGAAGUUUGAUGGCCUGUGGAUUGAUAUGAACGAACCUUCCAGCUUUGUGAAUGGGGAAGUUUCAGGCUGCAGAAAUGCUACUCUCAACCAUCCUCCCUACAUGCCACAUUUGACAGCCAGGGACAGGGGCCUGAGCAGCAAGACUCUGUGCAUGGAGAGUGAGCAGAUCCUUCCAGACGGCUCCCGGGUGCGGCACUAUGAUGUGCACAACCUGUAUGGGUGGUCCCAGACCAGACCCACCUACGAAGCUGUUCAGGAGGUGACAGGAGAGAGAGGAAUCGUCAUCACGCGCUCCACGUUCCCCUCUUCUGGACGCUGGGCAGGACACUGGCUGGGAGACAACACGGCUGCCUGGGACCAGCUGGGGAAAUCCAUCAUUGGCAUGAUGGAGUUCAGUCUCUUUGGCAUCUCCUAUACCGGGUCAGACAUCUGUGGGUUCUUUCAAGAUGCUGAGUAUGAGAUGUGCCUUCGCUGGAUGCAGCUGGGAGCCUUUUACCCCUUCUCCAGGAACCACAACACCAUUGGGACCAGGAGACAAGACCCUGUAUCCUGGGAUAAAGCCUUUGUGGACAUUUCCAGAAGUGUGCUAGAGACCAGAUACACCCUGUUGCCAUAUCUCUACACCUUGAUGUACAAGGCCCACGCGGAGGGCAGCACAGUGGUGCGACCUCUCCUCCACGAGUUUCUGUCAGACCGGGAGACCUGGAGUAUAGACAAACAAUUCCUGCUGGGUCCAGCCUUCCUGGUCAGCCCUGUGCUGGAACCUAAUGCCAGAGAUGUCACUGCAUAUUUCCCCAAAGCCCACUGGUUUGACUAUUACACGGGUGCAGAUAUUAAUUCAACAGGAGAGUGGAAGACCUUGCCAGCCCCUCUAGAACACAUUAAUCUUCACAUCCGUGGAGGCUACAUCUUGCCCUGGCAGCAACAUGCCCUGAACACGGACUUAAGCCGGAAGAACCCUCUUGGUCUGAUCAUUGCCCUGGAUGAGAACAAAGAAGCCAGAGGAGAGCUGUUCUGGGAUGACGGGAAGUCAAAGGACACUGUGGCCAUGAAGAGUUACCUUUUCAUUGAAUUUACUGUCACCAAAAACCAAUUGAAUGUGACAAUUUCAAGUCCAGGCUACAAGGAUCCCAAUAACUUAGAAUUCCAGGAAAUUAAAAUCUUUGGGACCGAGGAAAUUUACGAUGUUAGAGUGAAACAGAAUGGUGUCCUCAGUCAGAUGUCUCCUCAAAUCACUUACAACUCAACCCUGAAGGUUGCCACCAUCACAGAUAUCCAUCUCGUGCUGGGAGAAGCAUACACAGUCCAGUGGAGCAACAUGAGGGCCCAGGAGAAGAUAGACUGCUAUCCAGACGAGCAUGGAGCUUCCAAGGCCAACUGCACAGCCCGUGGCUGCAUCUGGGAGGAAUCUGACACUCCUGGGGUCCCUUAUUGCUACUUUGCCAGUGACCUGUACUCAGUCAGCAAUGUUCAGUAUCAUGAGAACGAGGCCACAGCCGACAUCUCCUUGAAGGAUUCUCCGUACAGCAAUGCCUUCCCCUCUAUGCCCGUGAAUCAACUAGAACUGCGAGUGAUCUACCACAAGAAUGAGAUGCUGCAGUUUAAGAUCUAUGAUCCCAACCACAGUCGGUAUGAAGUCCCAGUGCCUCUGGACAUCCCCAGUUCUCCAUCCAGCACCCCUGAUGGCCGUCUCUAUGAGGUCCUCAUCAAGGAGAAUCCAUUUGGGAUUGAAAUUCGCAGGAAGAGUACAGGCACUGUGAUCUGGGACUCUCAGCUCCUUGGCUUCACCUUCAAUGACAUGUUCAUCCGCAUCUCCACCCGCCUGCCCUCCUCAUACAUCUACGGCUUCGGGGAAACUGAGCACACGAGCUACAGGAGAGACUUGAACUGGCACACGUGGGGCAUGUUCUCAAGGGACGAGCCCCCGGGGUACAAGAAGAAUUCCUACGGUGUCCACCCUUACUACAUGGGGCUAGAGGAGGAUGGCAAUGCCCAUGGAGUCCUUCUGCUGAACAGCAACGCCAUGGAUGUGACAUUCCAGCCCCUGCCUGCAGUAACAUACAGAACCACAGGGGGCAUUCUGGACUUCUAUGUGUUCUUGGGCCCAACUCCAGAGCUUGUCACUCAGCAAUACACAGAGUUGAUUGGUCGGCCAGUGAUGGUACCUUACUGGUCACUGGGAUUCCAGCUGUGUCGCUAUGGAUACGAGAAUGAUACUGAGAUCUCCAGCUUGUAUGAUGACAUGGUGGCUAAGCAGAUCCCCUAUGACGUGCAGUACUCAGACAUCGACUACAUGGAGAGGCAGCUGGACUUCACCCUCAGCCCCAAGUUCUCUGGGCUUCCAAAACUGAUCGAUCGCAUGAAGAACGACGGGAUGCGAGUCAUCCUCAUCCUGGACCCAGCUAUUUCUGGCAAUGAGACGGAGCCCUAUCCUGCCUUUGACCAGGGUCUGGAGAAUGAUGUCUUCAUCAAGUACCCUGAUGAUGGAGGCAUUGUCUGGGGAAAGGUCUGGCCUGAUUACCCUGGUAUUGUGGUGAACAGCUCUCUAGACUGGGACAGUCAAGUGAAGGAAUACCGAGCUUAUGUCGCCUUCCCAGACUUUUUCCGUGAUUCAACUGUCACGUGGUGGAAGAAGGAGAUUCAAGAACUCCACACAAACCCGCGGGAUUCAGCAAAGAGCUUGAAGUUUGAUGGCCUGUGGAUCGAUAUGAACGAACCUUCCAGCUUUGUGAAUGGGGCAGUUUCAGGCUGCAGCAAUGAUACUCUCAACCGUCCUCCCUACAUGCCACAUUUGGCAGCCAGGGACAGGGGCCUGAGCAGCAAGACUCUGUGCAUGGAGAGUGAGCAGAUCCUUCCAGACAGCUCCCGGGUGCGGCACUAUGAUGUGCACAACCUGUAUGGGUGGUCCCAGACCAGACCCACCUACGAAGCUGUUGAGGAGGUGACAGGAGAGAGAGGGAUCAUCAUCACGCGCUCCACGUUCCCCUCUUCUGGACGCUGGGCAGGACACUGGCUGGGAGACAACACGGCUGCCUGGGACCAGCUGGGGAAAUCCAUCAUUGGCAUGAUGGAGUUCAGUCUCUUUGGCAUCUCCUAUACCGGGUCAGACAUCUGUGGGUUCUUUCAAGAUGCUGAGUAUGAGAUGUGCCUUCGCUGGAUGCAGCUGGGAGCCUUUUACCCCUUCUCCAGGAACCACAACACCAUUGGGACCAGGAGACAAGACCCUGUGUCCUGGGAUAAAGACUUUGAGGACAUUUCCAGAAGUGUGCUAGAGACCAGAUACACCCUGUUGCCGUAUCUCUACACCUUGAUGUACAAGGCCCACGUGGAGGGCAGCACAGUGGUGCGACCUCUCCUCCACGAAUUUGUGUCUGACAAUGUGACCUGGAGUAUAGACAAACAGUUCCUGCUGGGUCCAGCCUUCCUGAUCAGCCCUGUGCUGGAGCCUAAUGCUCGAAAUGUCAGUGCAUAUUUUCCCGCAGCUCUCUGGUAUGACUACUACACGGGUGCAGCUCUCAAUUCAACAGGAGAAUGGACGACCUUAGAGGCCCCUCUUGAGCACAUCAAUCUUCAUGUCCGCGGGGGCUACAUCCUGCCCUGGCAACGUCCUGCCCUCAACACUCACUUAAGCCGGAAGAACCCUCUUGGUCUUCUCAUUGCCCUGGAUGGGAACAAAGAAGCCAGAGGAGAGCUGUUCUGGGAUGAUGGGAAGUCAAAGGAUCUCACAACCAAUAAUGUUCUGUGUAAAUUUUCAGUCACUCAAAACCUCUUGAACGUGAGUGCUGUAGGAUCAACCUACACGAACCCUGAUAACUUAGCAUUUCAGGAGAUUAAAAUUUUUGGAACACAGGUGAUUCACAAUGUUACUGUGAAACACAAUGGUGUCAUAAGUCAGAUGUCUCCUCAAGCCACCUAUGAUCCUAACACGAAGGUUGCAGUUAUUACGGGUAUCCAACUUCUCCUGAAUGGAUCAUAUACAGUGGAGUGGGAAAACAGCAUAAGGGAUGAAGAAAAAAUUGACUGUUAUCCAGAUCAGCAUGGGGCUUCUGAAGCAAACUGCACUGCCCGAGGCUGCAUGUGGAAGGAAUCUGACACUCCUGGGGUCCCUAACUGCUACUUUGUCAAUGACCUGUACUCAGUCAGCGAUGUUCAGUAUCAUGAUAGCGGGGUCACAGCCAACGUCACCUUGAAGGAUUCUCCGUAUAGCAGCGCCUUCCCCUCUACGCCCGUGAGUCAGCUGCAAGUUAGAGUGAUCUACCACAAGAAUGAGACGCUGCAGUUUAAGAUCUAUGAUCCCAACCACAGUCGGUAUGAAGUCCCAGUGCCUCUGGACAUCCCCAGUUCUCCAUCCAGCACCCCUGAUGGCCGUCUCUAUGAGGUCCUCAUCAAGGAGAAUCCAUUUGGGAUUGAAAUUCGCAGGAAGAGUACAGGCACUGUGAUCUGGGACUCUCAGCUCCUUGGCUUCACCUUCAAUGACAUGUUCAUCCGCAUCUCCACCCGCCUGCCCUCCUCAUACAUCUACGGCUUCGGGGAAACUGAGCACACGAGCUACAGAAGAGACUUGAACUGGCACACGUGGGGCAUGUUCUCCAGGGACGAGCCCCCGGGGUACAAGAAGAAUUCCUACGGUGUCCACCCUUACUACAUGGGGCUAGAGGAGGAUGGCAGUGCCCAUGGAGUCCUCCUGCUGAACAGCAACGCCAUGGACGUGACGUUCCAGCCCAUGCCUGCUCUCACAUACCGCACCACAGGGGGAGUUUUGGAUUUUUAUGUAUUUUUGGGACCAACUCCUGAACUUGUCACUCAGCAGUACACAGAGUUGAUUGGUCGGCCAGUGAUGGUACCUUACUGGUCCCUGGGAUUCCAGCUGUGUCGCUAUGGAUACGAGAACGAUACUGAAAUCGCCAACUUGUUUCAAGACAUGACGGCUAAGCAGAUCCCCUAUGACGUGCAGUACUCAGACAUCGACUACAUGGAGAGGCAGCUGGACUUCACCCUCAGCCCCAAGUUCUCUGGGCUUCCAAAACUGAUCGAUCGCAUGAAGAACGACGGGAUGCGAGUCAUCCUCAUCCUGGACCCAGCUAUUUCUGGCAAUGAGACAGAGCCAUAUCCUGCCUUUGACCUGGGUCUGAAGGAAAAUGUUUUCAUCACAUAUCCCAAUAGUAGUGACAUUGUCUGGGGAAAGGUCUGGCCUGAUUACCCUGGUAUUGACGUGAACAGCUCUCUAGACUGGGACAGUCAAGUGAAGGAAUACCGAGCUUAUGUGGCCUUCCCAGACUUUUUCCGGGAUUCAACUGUUGCGUGGUGGAAGAAGGAGAUUCAAGAACUCCACACAAACACACGGGAUACAACAAAGAGCUUGAAGUUUGAUGGCCUGUGGAUUGAUAUGAACGAACCUUCCAGCUUUGUGAAUGGGGAAGUUUCAGGCUGCAGAAAUGCUACCCUCAACCAUCCUCCCUACAUGCCACAUGUGGAAGCCAGGGACAGGGGCCUGAGCAGCAAGACUCUGUGCAUGGAGAGUGAGCAGAUCCUUCCAGAUGGCUCCCGGGUGCGGCACUAUGAUGUGCAUAACCUGUAUGGGUGGUCCCAGACCAGACCCACCUACGAAGCUGUUCAGGAGGUGACAGGAGAGAGAGGGAUCGUCAUCACGCGCUCCACGUUCCCCUCUUCUGGACGCUGGGCAGGACACUGGCUGGGAGACAACACGGCUGCCUGGGACCAGCUGGGGAAAUCCAUCAUUGGCAUGAUGGAGUUCAGUCUCUUUGGCAUCUCCUAUACCGGGUCAGACAUCUGUGGGUUCUUUCAAGAUGCUGAGUAUGAGAUGUGCCUUCGCUGGAUGCAGCUGGGAGCCUUUUACCCCUUCUCCAGGAACCACAACACCAUUGGGACCAGGAGACAAGACCCUGUGUCCUGGGAUAAAGCCUUUGAGGACAUUUCCAGAAGUGUGCUAGAGACCAGAUACACCCUGUUGCCAUAUCUCUACACCUUGAUGUACAAGGCCCACGUGGAGGGCAGCACAGUGGUGCGACCUCUCCUCCACGAGUUUGUGUCAGACCGGGAGACCUGGAGUAUAGACAAACAGUUUCUGCUGGGUCCAGCCUUCCUGGUCAGCCCUGUGCUGGAGCCUAAUGCCACAACUGUAGAUGCGUAUUUCCCUAGAGCCCGCUGGUAUGACUACUACACAGGCGUAGAUAUUAACGCCAGGGGAGAAUGGAAGACCUUAGAGGCCCCUCUUGAGCACAUCAAUCUUCACAUCCGUGGGGGCUACAUCCUGCCCUGGCAGGAGCCUGCCGUGAACACCAAAUUGAGCCGUCAGAAAUUUAUGGGCCUCAAGGUUGCCUUGGAUGAAGAGGGACUUGCUGAGGGAUGGCUCUUCUGGGAUGAUGGAGAAAGCAUUGAUAUCACAAAAAGUUACUACUUGGCCAGCUUUUCUGUCAGCGAGAAUACAUUGAGGAGACAUGAAAAAUUUAACAAUUUCGUCGCUGGUACAGCUCCUUUGUACCUAGGCUACAUUGAAAUCUGGGGAUUAGGCUCUGUUUCCACUAACAAUGUGAGGAUCCUUUGGAACGGCAAGAAUGAACUGGUUCCCUCCGAGUACAACCCCGAAACCCAGAUACUAAAAGUUGAUGUGACCGCCAAUAGAAUCAGCUUGCAUCGUUUUGACUCAAUGACAUGGAACGCUUCAUAAAUUUUCAGAGCAGGAUACUACACCAGAUUUGAACUACUUAUACUUCAUAGUUAUAUACUUAUUGUGUAUCAUCAAUUGCUUCAUUCCCAAUGUGGCUAGAGUAUUUUGUGAAUUUCUUAUGUAUGUAUAUGGCUCCCAAAGAUAAUAUCGCUGGGUCACUUUAUGUAUGUAAUUAAUAUGGUAUAUGUGAUUCAUUAUAUGAAAUUCAUUGAAGAUGUGAAGAUGAAAUAGAUCCAUGUUGAAGUGUGUGUUCGUGUGUGUGUUAGUGUGUAAGGGAUUCCAGUGUUUUCCUAAAGAUGGCAGCCCCUGUCUGCAGCUAAGCAGAACCUUAAGAAUCAUGCAGAAGGAACUUCUGCAAGUUGGUAUAGGGAGAAGAGGACACUAUGCUGGGAGUAUGAUAGAGGAGGAAGAAAAAGAACGCAGGAAAGAUGUGAGGCACUGUUAGGCACAGGAAGAGUAAUAGUCAUUCUAAGAAGUAGCCUUGUGGGGAGGAGAAAGGGAGGUGACGGUGGUGUCAAGGAGAUUUAAGUAGGUAGAGAUGAAGGAAGGAGUUGGGUGUACAAAAUGAGAUGUUUUCAUAGAAGUGAGCUUUGAAGUAUAUAAAUCUUAUUUCUUGACCAUAUCUCAUGUACAUAACCACAGUCCAUACAAGCAUGCAUGAUUUAUAUGCCACAGAAAAAUAAAGCAGGUGAAUCUACAA